UCUGAGUGGUGACGUUGUGAUGGAUCAGCUGUUCUUUAUGUGGCCGUAAAGUUAAGAAAAGCCGUGAAAUUAAGUAAAAUCGAGGAAAAAUUCCAAUAGGAGUACGACAGGAAGCUCAUUACUUUCCUACAUAAUGGGAAUCAAUGUGAGCAGACAGGCCGAUUUGGCCAGCAAUCAACUGCUGCAAAGAUUUGUUGGUCGUAGCCACGUUUCACCCACUGAUGUAGAAUAUUGGCAAAAAUUACUAAACUACAACAUAACCAUGCCGGAGGACACACAGGAUCAACUAAAUUUGGACUCUAGACUGGAAUCUUUGUGUCAGGCGUUCAUAAGCAACAAUCUUAAGACUGGCAAUUUCGGUUCACUGAUUACGAUGUUCUUGACAAAGGCUUCUGAACUGCUGUCACUGUCCGAUCAGGAGAGCAACAUGCACAUAUGGCAGACAUUUAAUGCCCUCUUCAUUAUACGUUCACUGAUCAAAUACAUCAUAGAGACUGGAUCUGAAUUUCAAUUGUUGCAACACUUUGAAGCCAUGCCCAACGAGGAGUUCUUAAGGGCCGAGGAAGAGGCGGCGGCUGUUGGAGUGCCACCGGAAGUCACAACUAUAGCGGUUGAGGCCACAGAAAUGGAGAGUGAAGCCACACAAACUCUAAAGGCAGCAGCAGCUGCCGCCUCCGUCAUGGUUGAUGGGUCACGUUUUGAAACAUUCAUAGAUGCCAUUUUCAAUUUGAUAGUAGUGAUUCCGGUCAAAGAAUUCACAUAUCACUUGCACUUGGAGGCGGUAAAUACUUUGAUUACUUUACUAUCGGAACACUUGUUCUCCCAACAGCCCACAGAGAAAUCCAUCAUCUUCCGCACUGUAUACAAAUGUCAGCAUGCCAAUGUCCUGAUGUCUUCAUUACUGCAUUUUGUUUCGCGUCUGGUUGAGGUGCCCCAAACCAUGUUUGGCUCCUCAUCGGCGGGCUCUUUUGUAUUUGGCAUUGCAGAGUCCUUGUGGUCCAUAUUGAGUUUUCGCAAGCAGCAGGAUGUGUUGAGCUCUACUUAUUCCACAGGUGCUGAGCUAUCGCAACAAUUUCGUGCGCACUAUCCCCUAGCCAAUCAAAGUCUUCUGCUCAUUCUAAUACUAACAAAUCAUUGUACAACAAAGGAGAAUUCAUAUCGGUCCUCAUUAUUCGGCUGUGCCGAUUCCAAAGAUGCUACCGCCAAGGAUGGCGGAGCUACAUUUCAUAUUGACUUCAAUGCUGUGUACGAGACUCUAUGUCGCAUUGUGACCAUUGACCAGGCUACCUUGCUGCUGUAUCUAUUGCUGCAUCGAAAUGAGCGUUUUUAUCGAUUUGUCAUGGCUCAACAGGAUUUGGAAAAGUUGGUAACGCCCAUAUUGCAAACACUAUAUCAUGCUCCGGAUAGUACCUCCCAUCACAUUUAUAUGUCUUUAAUUGUCUUGUUGAUAUUGAGCGAAGAUGAUAGUUUCAAUAAAAAUGUCCACAAUAUUAUGCUGAAAAACAUAACCUGGUAUACAGAAAGAACUAUAUCGGAAAUCUCUUUGGGUGGCCUCUUGAUCUUAGUCGUAAUACGUACCAUACAAUACAACAUGCUGAAGAUGCGCGAUAAAUAUUUGCACACAAAUUGCUUGGCAGCCCUGGCCAAUAUGUCGGGACAGUUUCGCAAUUUACAUCCCUAUGUGGCGCAACGUUUAGUCUCCUUGUUUGAGACCUUGGCCAAGAAGCACACUCGACUUGAUGCUCAACUCAAGGAGCCAGUAAAUAGUGCCGUAGUCGUUAACGUUUCGACUGAGGAUAUGCUGCAAGAUCUGACGGUGUUGGAGGAGGUUUUGCGUAUGGUUUUAGAAAUUCUAAAUUCUUGCCUAUCCAAUCAAUUGGUGUAUUGUCCAAAUUUGGUCUAUACCCUACUCUAUAAGCGUAGUGUGUUUGAAGGCUUUAGAUCACAUCAUGCUUUCCAGGAUAUUAUACAAAAUAUUGAUAUGGUGGUUGGCUUCUUCUCAUCCCGCUUACAACGUGUCCAAGAACAAAGGGGCGAAUUGGGUGUUAAUGAAGUUUUUGAAGUGAUUUCCAAAGGAGCCAGUCAAUGGUCCAGCGAUCGUUUAAGGAAAUUUCCCGAUCUAAAAUUCAAAUACGUUGAGGAAGAUGCACCCGAAGAAUUUUUCAUUCCAUAUGUUUGGACUUUAGUGUGUAAAUACGGUUGUGUUCACUUCAGUUCGGAGAGCAUUAAAGGUGUUACCGAGAUAUCAUGCUAAUACAUAGAUAUCGAAACGUUUUUAUGAGACGAUGAUGACGAAGAAGACGACAAUGAAGAACAACAAUACAAUAAUAGCAACCGCAGAAGAACUAGAAGCAGACUUUUUUCCCCCCUCUAACCCAAAAUAUAUCCCAUGAAAAUGUUAUAAGUAAAAUCCCAAUGUUAUUUAGAAUUCCAAAUUAAAUUUUCUAUACUUUUUUCUCCUCACAUAGAGUAUAUCGAGAAGGGUUUUGAGAAAAACUAAACCAAAUCCAUGUAUUUAUUCAGCUGUUGUGGUGGUCUUUUUAUGUUGUUUUGAAUUUUUAAAUGUUAUUGUAAAUGUGUUUGUUUUUUUGUCUGAAAACUUAGUAAUGCUAACCUGAAGGCAAGGGACCUGCAGCCACAGCGUACUCUCUUCCCUUUUUGAUGAGGAAUACUUUUGUAUGCUUUUGAUUUAUCACUCGUAUUCUUAGCAUUAUAAACCAAACAAUAGAAGGAUGAUUCGUAUAUAUUACUACAAAAAAUAAAAAAAAGCUCUAUAUAAUUAUUUAAUAAAUAUAUAUAAAUAUAUGAAAUAUAUUAUAUACACUCGAUCUAAUUAAGUUAAGUUUAUAUUUAGCCAACACAUACCUACACACAAACAUACACACACCUACACAUAUAACACUAUGCCUAUGUAUUAAAAUAGAACACGAACUAAAAAAAAAAACUAAUUUUGAAAAACUUAAAAAAAUUGUCCACUAAUUGUUAAAUCGAACUGAGAUAUGGGAAAUUGGUUUUUGGGCCAAAAUGGUUAUAUUCGAGAAUGGUUUCUUGGCCAGCACUUAGUUGUAGAUUACAAAAACAAAAUUUUAAAAAAUCUAACAAAAAUACUCUUUUGUUGCUAGCAAGUGCUGUAUGGAAAAAUUCCAUCUAUGAGACGUUAUCUAAUAUGAAUGUAUUUAAUACCUAUUAAUAUUCCAUAAACAAUUUGUUUUUGGAAAAUAUAUUUGUUGUAUUAUCAUUCAUAUCAGUUACGGGAUUUUUGUAAAGUACACCAACACACAUACAUAUACACCUAACCUUAUUAGUAUGACAACGGAAAAGAGAUUAGUAAUUAAAGAUACAUAAAUACAAAUGUUAAUAUAGAAAUGAUUUGCAAUAAAU